AUGACAUGGGGUCAAUGUGUUUGCCCUCAAUUCACAUGUGCAUCCGAAGGCAAAUGCAGCUGGUCUGCUUCCGAGAUCCGUGAUGCUGUCGGCAGCGGCGCCGACAACGUGGUUGCUAAAGUCACCGAAACAGCUGCUCAAGUUCCUGGAUUAGCAGACGCCGCAGGUGCUGUCCAAGGUGUUUGGAACACAGUGAGCGGCGUGGUCGGUUCAAUUUUUGGGGCAACUGGAGGUUGCUCAGGCUAUGUGGGCAUGUGUUGGGGCCAAUGCUCCAAUCAGCAGCAGCUGGGCUACACUGCUUCAUGUCAGUGGGGCUCUUGCCAAUGUAAGCCCGGUUUUUGCGCCAACAACGGUGUAUGUGAGAUGGACCUUUCUGGUAUGCUCAAGGGAGCGGCAAGCAAUUUCAUGCGCUGA